AAGGCGGCGGAGGUAUAUCUGGGCGGGGCAAGAUGGCGGCGCCCUGUGGGCUUUAAAGAGUCCUGAGUGGUAAACAGCUGAGCGUAGGCGAAGGAGGCGCAGCCGCCGGAGCAGAAUCAGAAGGUAAAACGGAAGCAGUGGGAGUCAACACAGCCAGUGUGGCAUGCAUAGUAGCAUUUUGUGUGAAGAAAAAUGGCUCAGCAUGGAAAUAUCAGCCAUCUUCUGGCCAUACUGGAUUCCCCACAUCUGACUGUCCUGGAAGGUGUAAAGUCUGAGCUUAGAGAAAUCCUAAACUCAGACCGCGGGCCAGUGCUUAAUACCUUGGUGGAUUACUACUUGGAAACAAGUUCUGAGCAAGUCUUGCAUGUCCUGUGCACGCUUCAAGAGCCACACGACAAGCACCUUCUGGACAAAAUCAAUGAAUGUAUGAGCAGAUCAAGUACCCGUCUCUCCGCUCUUUCACUCCUUGGGCAUGUGAUAAGAUGUCAGCCAUCUUGGAAACAUAAGCUUUCUCAAGCAUCUGUCCUGGUUACGUUGCUUAAAUGUCUUAAGAGUGACACGGAUGUAGUGGUCCUCAUCACAGGUGUGCUAGUGUUAAUAACGAUGCUGCCAAUGAUCCCCCAGUCUGGGAAGCAGUACCUGCAUGACUACUUUGGCAUCUUUGGUCGCCUUUCUUCCUGGAACUUGAAGAAUCCAGGACACACGGCUGAGAUCUACCUGGUCCACCUCCAUGCCAGUGUGUAUGCCCUCUUUCACCGCCUUUACGGAAUGUACCCUUGCAAUUUUGUCUCCUUUCUGCGCUCCCACUACAGUAUGAAAGAAAACUUGGAGACCUUUGAAGAGAUAGUCAAGCCAAUGAUGGCACAUGUGCGCAUCCACCCUGAGCUAGUGACUGGAUCCAAGGAUCACGAACUGGACCCUCGGAGGUGGAAGAGGCUAGAAACCCAUGAUGUUUUGAUAGAAUGUGCCAGUAUCUCCCUGGACCCCGCAGAAGCUUCCAGUGAAGAUGACUACUAUUCACCUUCCCAGAAGAUGGGCUCUUACCCUCAGCAUCGCUCCUCUGAUUUUGUUUCCAAUUCUUCCGUUGCUUUGCAGAAAAACUUUGGAACAUCAACUUCUAUCGCUGCUCGGCUGUCGCGAACGCCAGGGCAGCUACCUCAGAUCUUCAAGUUUCAGUCCUCGUUUCUGUCAGCUGAGCAGGUGACCUUCUGGAGCCCUGCCGUUGCUUGUGGCAUGACCACUCCCCCCCACUCCCCUGGAAUUGUUUUGGAGACACCUUAUACCACAGCCCAGACUCUCAACAGGACCUAUAACAUACCAGCCGAGAAAGGAGCCCACCUAGAAACUGCCACCUCCCCACCUCCCUCAUGCAGUUCAGAAGAAGCUGCUCAUGUUUCAGUUUCCACUGCGCCUCACAGAAAGGAGGGCAGAACCGAUCCUGCAAGGUCUUUGUUGUCCCGACAGCCAAACAUCACCCAAAGUUCUCAAGCUGUUGAUUCUCACAGCAGUAAAAGUUUGGUAACUUUAAGUGACCUUCCUGGCAUCCUGGGUGACCUGGAGGCCUCUUCUCAAGACAGCGGUGAGAAGGACCGAGAGGAAGAUGCCAUAUCAAGAGAGAUCUCAGAGAUCACCACAGCAGACACGGAACCUGUGGUGCCUCGGGGAGGUUUUGACUCUCCUUUCUACCGCCUGAAUGAGGGUCUCCCCAGCUCAAAGAAAUCCCAGCUGGCUGCCUCAAGUACACAGGGGCAGAUCCUGGAUUCCAAGCCCCAUGCGUUGUCACCCCUUGCAGCAUCGACACCACUUGUGGCCCAAUCUGGGCUCAAAAGGUCACUGGAUAUGCCUAAGCAAACCUUCACGCCUAUCGACCUACCCUGCCAAGACUCUGAGAAUCAUCCUUCUGGUCACCAGCAAAGCCAGGUGUCUCUGGGGUCUCCCAUUGUUGCCCCUAGCCCUUGCAAGAUUCCUGCACGCAAGUGGAUGGGUUUUGGGGACGAGCAGCCCCCUGAUUACGAGCACCUUUUUGAAGUGGUUUUGCCAAAGACCGCCUACCUUUUUGUCAGCAAGAAGACAGAAGAGCUUCUCAGGAAGGUCAAUGCAGGUCACGACAAAGUGAACUCUUCCUCCCCAUCCCCCUUGGAAAUGCUGGAUCGGCUCAUACAGCAUGGAGCAGAUGCCCACAACAAACGGCUUGACCAAUUACCUUUGUUAAGCAAAUCAACUGACUGGACUCACUUUGGAGGUGCUCCUGCCCCAGAUGAUUUCCAUGUUCUCAGAAUCCAGCUCCUCUUGCUGCACAAUGAACUGUUGUAUGAGCGCUUCAAGAGGCAACAGCACGCGCUGCGAAACCGGAGGCUCCUACGCAAAGUGAUAAAAGUGACAGCCCUGGAGGAACACAAUACUGCCAUGAAAGACCAACUGAGGCUCCAGGAGAAGGACAUCCAAGCCCUGAAGCUCAGCCUGCAGACGGAGCAGGCCAAUAUCUGCAAGUUCCAGGAGGAUCAUGACAUUGUUGUGGCUCGGCUCCACAGCCAGAUCCGCCAGUUGCAGCAGGAACGGGAAGAGUAUUACAAUCACAGCCAGGAACUGAAGAUCAGACUGGACGACUGCCACAAAAUCAUCGCAGGCCUGCGGCUGGAGUUGAACACGGCCAGCAGCAAGAUGUGUCACACGGAAUUGUUGCUGAGCCAGGUUUCUCAGAAGCUUUCUAACAGUGAGUCAGCCCAACAGCAGAUGGAGAUGUUGAACAGGCAACUCCUAGUCUUUGGGGAGAUGAAAGAGUUGUGUUUGAAACAGCUUCAGCACAAACAGGCCGGCACAACUAAGGAAGUGGAAUGCCUGCAGAUGGCCUUUCAGAAAGAACUGGAGAAAGCACAUUACUGCAUUCAGCAGCAGAGCCAGGAGCUGGAGGCUUCUCAGAAGCGAAUAGCUGAACUGGAAUCUCAGCUCACAAAGAGGGACCACCUCUUGUUGGAGCAGAAGAAAUACUUGGAAGAUGUUAAAAUCCAAGCCAGUUGCCAACUCCAAGCAGCUGAGGGCUGGUACAACAUGCAGAAAAAUAUUACGCAGCUGUUUGAGGUGGAGAUAUUGAGUCUGCAUGGCCAAGUGCAGAAUGAACGGCUGUUGAACAACCGUGAAGAAAACAAGGUGGAACAAGCUGAAUCCGAUGAAAGGCUGCCUGGAGCAAACGAAAGCAGUGCCGAACCUGCUACGGGACACAGUGAGGAACCACUGGAAUGUAACAAUGAGACUGAACCUCCCAGCACCUGGGGCAGCAGCAGCGAGGUGUCCACCCCUGAGAAGCCCAGCCAGCGCACCGGGCAGUUCAACAACCGCAGGGAGUCAUCUGCAUUGCUGGAGCCUUCCUCUGGCAGCGUCCCCCCCACAGUGGGCUCCUUCCCAAGCUCUGAGAGUUUCCUAGGGAUGAAGGCCCAAGAGCUGUUCCACAACAAGAGCAAGGGCCAUUGCAAUGAGGAUGGCGUGGCCAUUGGCAGCCUUUGUGAAACUUUGAAGACCUGCAAAGAACCCAGCCUGGAGGUCACGGAGGCAGCCCAGGCACCCUCCCCUAGCCCCGAGGAACUGCCUCCCUCCCCCAGAACCCAGGAAGCCAAUGUUGGACAGCUUCAUAUCAUGGAUUACAAUGAAUCUCAUGGCCAUAGCUAGAAAUGAGGAAAGGAAAAUCAAAAUCAGUAUUAACAUUUUCAUAUUUUUGGCAUAGAACAGGGAGGUGUGGCUGCCCAAUUUAACUAAAAGCUUUUGGGUUUUGUCAGUCCAGCACCCUACCAGCUUACACAGGUGGCAAUUCUUUUGUUGGACUUGUUUGCCCCAAGUGAAUUUAUGGGAUGGUGGAAUUUCUGGGUCUAGAAGUGUUGGUGAUCAGUCAAAGGCCUCCUCUGAAACACAUCUGUCCCUCUUGAAGCCACUGUGUGGAACACACUUUGAUGCAGCAGCAGCUAGGAUUUCUCCAAACUUUUUGUCCAGCCAUCCACUUUUUUCUUGCCCUACCCCCCUGCUGAGAGGUUGGUUUAAAUGAACUUGUGUGCAAUAUGGAGCAGAGCCUCCCCCAAGGAAUAACCAGGGUGUGCUCAUCUAGAGAACUAAGCACCUGUUGUCUCCCCUCCUGCAAGCAGCUCAGGGUUACUCUUAUUGAGAAAUCCCUGGAUUUGUUUUUCUCAUAGUGCUAUCAUAUGAUGGUCCCCCUCCAGCAUUGAAAAUCAUACCCUCUUCCUCUCAUCUCCCCUCCCCACAAAUUUGCUUUUGUUGCUGGAUGAGAUGGUACUGAACUGACCUCCAGUUGUGUGGGUGUUUAUUUUUCCACCCUGAAAGAAAGCUGAGGCUUUUCUGUUGGAAACCUGUCCUGUGGAGAAUUCUGGUUAGUACAGUGGAUGCAGACCUCUCUUUCUCCUCCACCUCUUCCUAAGGAGUGGUAGUCCGGUUUCUCAUUGGCUGCCCAGAUGCCACCCUGGUUUUCCCCCCAGUUGGCCUAUUUACAUUUCUAUUGGGGGGAGAAUGCUUCUGAAUCCCCCGCUUGAUUUAAAAGCAGUGGGAUUGGCUUUAUUGUGCCCUCCCCCCUUGCAAACUGUCCCCUUGUGGUUCAUUUGCGAAAUGGGCUUUAUUUUCAAUAGCAAAAAUACCCCUUCAGUUUAGAGAGCCUUCUCUCUUUUAAAGAGACAGCCUUUUUCACUAAAAGGGCACGUGAUCACCUGCCAGAAUCUCCCAGUAUGUUCUCUCCCCACUGCACCAUGGACCACAGAAAUUAUGGAGCAUUCAGUAAAUCUCUUGAAUCAUGAAUGCAGCACAUGAAAAGGCAAGGGGAUGCAGGAAGAUCCCGAUGGUAAAGCUGGAAAUUAUUUUAUUCCCUUAACAA